AGGUUAUCAAUAAAUAAUAAAUUAAAAAAUUUAAAAUUAUCAACAGUAAAAAAUUUAUAUAAUAAAUCAUCAUCAAUAUCAAUAAUACUUGUAAAUAAUAAUAAUAAUAAUAAUAAUAAUAAUAAUAAUAAUAAUAAUAAUAAUAAUAAUAAUAAUAAUAAUAAUAAUAAUUUUAUUUCAUUAUCAACAACAAAUUUAUUUAAUCAAAAAUUAUGUAUAGAAUCAUAUAAAAAAGUAAAUUAUUGUAAAAAGAAAGGAGGUGGUAAUAAAAAUAAUGAUGAUAAUGAUAAUGAAAAGAAUGAAAAAAAUGAAAAAAAAGUAAAAAAUGAAAAGAAAGAAAAAAAUGAAAAAAAUGAUGGAAAUGAAAAAGUUGAAAUAGUUGAAGAUAAUGAUUUAAUUGUACCAUUAUCAAAAGAAUUAUUACAAUUUGAUAAACCAUCAAAUAAAAGAAAAGAUUGGCCAUUAAAUUCAGAAGUUGUAAUUUAUCCAUCAAAUUCAGUUAAUUUUAUUGGUACAACAGGACCAAUUAAUCUUGGAUUUCAAUUUAUUACUAGAUUAGUACCAAACGCAAGUGGUAAAACAUUUCUUGGAUUUUUUUUAUGUAAAGAUGCGUAUAGAAAUAAUAAUAAUCAGAUUGGAAGGACUAUAGAUAGUAUUCAUAAUGUUGGUGUAUUGGCUCAAGUUACACUAUCACCUAGUGGGAUUUACCAUUUUGAAACGAUUAAAAGGAUUAGAAUAAAGGAGGUGCAAAAUGGCCAAUUCCCAUUCAUAGCGAGUAUAGAACCAUUGUCAAACGAUGAACGAGAAUUAAAAGACCCCAGAAUAGCAGAGUUAAUGACGAAAAUCAAUGUAUUGUCAUUGGAAUAUAGGAAACUUUAUCCAGACGUCUAUACAAUUAAUUCGGUUGAUUUUGAAAAUCAGAUUGAAGUAAUUGAUAACCCAGAUUACUAUUUGGCUGCAGUUAUCAAUUAUUACGGUUUGAAUUACCCUGACGAAUGUCAAAAAAUAUUAGAGACUCAAUCGGUUGUGAAACGAUUGGAGAUGUUGUAUCACAUGAUAUUGAAUGAGCAACCAUUGUUGGCAUUGCAACAAAAGAUUGCAAAAGAUUUAGAUGAUAAGACUACGGCUUAUAAAAAUAAAUUAUUAUUAACUGAGCAAUUGAAAAAGUUGAAAGCACUAUUGGGUAAUGAAACCGACGAAAAGGAGAAAACAAUCGAAAAGUAUCAGAAUAAAUUAUCAGAGUUAACUUUGAUAUCUGAAUCAUCGAAAAAGGUAAUCCAAGAUGAAAUUUAUAAAAUUUCAACAAUUGACCCAUCUUCAUCGGAAUAUUCAGCAUUAAAGAAUUAUUUGGAAUGGUUAACUAAUUUACCAUGGGGUAUUUACUCUGCUGACUAUUUCGAUUUAAAACAUUCUAAAAUGGUUUUGGAUUCCGAUCAUUACGGUUUGGAGGAUAUUAAACAAAGAAUAUUAGAAUUCAUUUCAGUUGGUCAUAUAAAAGGCACGGUUCAAGGUAAAAUACUUUGUUUCAUAGGUCCACCAGGUACUGGUAAAACUUCAAUAGCUAAAUCCAUUGCGAAAGCAUUGAAAAAGGAAUUUUUUAGAUUCUCUGUGGGUGGUUUAUUCGAUGAGAGUGAAAUCAAAGGUCAUAGAAGAACCUAUGUGGGUUCAAUGCCUGGAAAGAUCAUUCAAGCUUUGAAAAUAACUCAAACUUCAAAUCCAGUGAUAUUAAUCGAUGAAAUUGAUAAAAUUGGAAAAAGAAACCAUGGUGACCCUUCAUCUGCCUUACUUGAGGUACUAGACCCCGAGCAAAAUGUUAGUUUUGUUGAUCAUUAUCUAGAUACACCCUAUGAUCUAUCAAAGGUUCUAUUCAUUUGCACUGCAAACUCUGGUCAAGAUAUACCAGCUGCAUUAUCCGAUCGUAUGGAAAUCAUUCGUUUACCAGGUUAUGUAGAAGAGGAACAAAUUGAAAUCGUAAAGAAUUUCAUCAUUCCAAAGACUUUUAUAGAUUGUGGUAUUAAACUUGACCAAUUAUCAAUCUCUGACGAUGUCAUCAAACAAAUCGUUAAAUUUUAUAGUAGAGAAGUUGGAAUUCGUGAAUUGGAGAAAUUAAUUGAAAAGAUUAUGAGAAAGACUGCAUUGAAGCUAGUGAAUGGUACUGCUGAAAGAGUUGAUCUAACUUUGGAUAAUCUUGAACAAUACUUGGGUAUACCAUCAUAUACAUCCGAUAGAUACUAUGAUGUAACUCCAAUUGGUGUUGUAAAUGGUUUAGCAUAUACUAAAAAGGGUGGUGCAACAUUAUAUAUUGAAAGUACUUCUGAAGAAAUUCAAAAACCUUUAUCAUCUCUACCACCAUCACAACAACAACAAAACCAAUUGGAACCAUCCAUUAAAACUACAGGUAAUUUGGGUGAUGUCAUGUCAGAAUCGUCAACUAUUGCCUACACUUUUGCUAAAAACUUUUUAUACGAAUUGGAUCCUAAUAAUACAUUCUUCUCAAAUCAUAAUAUUCAUUUACAUUCACCACAGGGUAACAUACCAAAGGAUGGUCCAUCUGCAGGUGUUACAAUGGUAACUUCAUUAUUAUCAUUGGCUUUAAAUGAACCAGUUCAAAAUAAUUUAGGUAUGACUGGUGAAGUUACAAUCACUGGUAAAGUCAUUACUAUUGGCGGUGUAAAAGAGAAAACAAUUGCUGCCAAAAGAUCAGGUUUAACUUCUGUUAUUUUCCCUAUUAAUAAUAGAAUCAAUUUCGAAGAGUUACCAACUUAUAUUAAAAACGAUAUUGAUGUUACAUAUGCAAAUGAUUAUAAAGAUGUUUUUGAAGUUGCUUUUCCAAAUAAAAAAUAUCUUUUAAAUAAUUUAAAAACUUUUUAA